AUGUCUUCCAACGAGUUGGCAGACUUGAUUCAAAAUCUGGAAAGCGAUCCAGAAAGAGGGGAAAUAGCCGUAGAGAUUCAAGCUCUGCAGUCUAUCUACAGCGAGGAAGGGGCGAUAUCGAUAUGGAAACCCGAACACAGUUCUUCGUCUUCCAGACUGCCUAAAGACACGAUCCGUCUAGACGUGCGCACCGCUCUUUCGCCACUACACAAAGACGUUGAUUUCCGCGUACUUGUCUCCCUUCCACCAACAUACCCUGCCUCGUCUCCUCCACAACUACAAAUCCUCUCGCGCUACAUUGGAGCUUUUCAGGUAGACUCUGUUCUGUUUGGUGCAGCACUCAAAACGUACAUUUCGCGUGGUAGAGUAGAGUUUACACCUCGAGAAGUGGCCAUCUUUGAUGGUGUAGAAAACCUUCGCGAAGUGAUUCAACGCUGGUACGAGGAACGCUUGAGUGCCCUUGAUGCUGCAAAAUCACAGAAAGGCGAUGAAAAGGGACAUGGAGACGAGAAUCCUGAUGGUGAUUUGGUCCUUGAGGACGAGCAUAUCUCGUCCACCGGCACGUCGCUGACUGCAAUACAAUCCGAACUUCCCGAUGGAGUUCAAAUCUGGGUUUCGGAGCCUAUUGUCGAUCGAAAGAGCACGUUCAUUGGGCGAGCUUGUCAAAUCACUCAUCCCUCUCAAGUACCGCUUAUUCUGUCCUACUUAAUGGAGGACAAAUCCACGGCAAAGGCAGCACACCCAGUGAUCAAUGCAUGGAGAUGUGAGGUGAACGGCACGAUGCAUCAGGAUAAUGACGAUGACGGAGAGACGGCAGCGGGAGCCCGCCUAGCGCAUCUCUUACAGAUAUUAGACUUGAAGGAUGUUUUGGUCGUGGUUACUCGCUACUUUGGUGGCAUUCACCUACACGGAGACCGCUUUCGGCAUAUCAAUUCUGUGGCGAGAGCGGCUUUGGAAGCUGGAGGAUUCCUCGACGAACCAGAAGAUCAUCGACGAAAGGGAAGAAUGGGAGCCAAAGGGCGCGGUAAAGCAUGA